AUGCCGCCGGCUAUUGUUUGCUGUCCGUCUGUCCCCUCAUCUGGCGAUUGUGAUGCCUUGUUCGUCCCUUCCACCAGGUGGAUUGGCAACUUCUCUCGGCUGCAGCAGCUGCAUACGCUGCUGCCCUACGUCCCUGUCUCGAACCCUAAGCUCAGUCCCUCCACUUACGAGGGCGUGCUAGUGGAACUGCUUGUUUCCCCGCACUCCUUGUACCACCGCCAGCUGCCGCCCACAUUAGCCCGCUGGCCGCCUGCCCUCUACAACCUGGGCGCCGUCAUUGUUGCCGCGGAGAAGCGCCUGCUGCAGCAUGGCAGUGCCAUCCAGCUGCAGCUCCUGGCGGGUCUCUAUGUGCGCAACAGGGAUUUCAUCGAGGCUCUCGAUGUCUAUCUGCGGAUUCUGGUGGCACAGCACAGGGCACACCACAGUAACUCGAGUGCUGCUGCUGGCCUAACAGAUUCCCACGGGCGCAUGGCUAAUCUUGCUCAGGCUCCUGCUGCUUCUGCUGAUGUGAAUGGGGAUUCUCAAGGGCGAGUGACAAGCCAUGCUGACGUGGAUGGAGAACAGUUGCAUUCACCAGUGAAAUCACCUGUUAACGGCAAUAUAGCAGGCAAAGACGCAGCAGGCAGUGAGACAUCUCACAAAGACGGCAUCAAUAGAAGGGCUGCCUGUCCAUCCUCGGAAGACCACCGCCGAUACCCAGCGCAAGAAUCAAAUGUCUCAUUCCCUAACGAGUCACUAACAAGUGCAAAAUGGCCAGGGCCGGAUUUGUUUGAGUUUAUUCGCGAGCACCGGCUCGUGCGCCACCUCCUCUCUGCCGCCCCCCACCACCACCACCGCCUCCCCUCCCUCUUCCUCAUCCACCCACACCGCGCCGCCGCCCUCCUCGCCGACCACAUCGCCGUCGCGCCGCCUGAAACCGUCGUCCGCCAGCUGCUGGGCGUCGAUUCGCCGGCCAUGCUGGGGCCGCCCGAGCCGGUUGCUGCGCGCCAGCUGUCGCCGCGCGGUUCGGCGACGCUGGUGGACGGAGCAGUAAAUGGGGCUGGUGAUGGGGAAGGGAGUGAAGUGGUGCUGACGGGGAGAGAGAGGCGCAUGGCGCUGCACUGCUACCUGCAUGAGGUGUUCGAGCGAAUGCCAGAGGUGGCAUCAACGUUUCAUCCCAUGCAGGUUGAGCUGUAUGCAGACUUCGACCGCCGCCUGCUGCUGCCCUUUCUGCAGUCAUCCGACUACUACCCCCUGCAAGAUGUGAGUGACUGCAAGUUGGGCCUGGUGGAAGAGCAGGUGUUUCUGCUCACCCGCAUGGGGGAUUACAAAGAAGCGCUAUCACUCCUGCUGGACCGACUCAAGGACGUGAACCGGGUGGCAGCACUCAUGGAGCAAGCAUCAGACAUCUUCUCUCCCAAGCAGCUGCUUGCUGGAGUCGCACCAAACACUUACCUAAAAGAGUUGCGGCAGCAUCUGCUGGCAGUGCUGGCAGCGUCAGCAACAGAGGUGUCCCUUCGUCAGGGCUGCAUUGCUCUCUUGCAAUCCGAGUGCAUCGACCUCCUCUGCCUCUUCAUCCUCCAAUCGCAGUUCGCUGCCCGCUUCUCCUCCUCCUCCUCCACUGCACCACCCCACCUCCCCCUUCUCCCACUGCCAUCUUCCACUAUGACAGCAGCAACCAGCACUCUGCUCUCUCCAUAUGCUUCCCCUCAGGCCACCUCUGGGUUCUUUCCUGGUGGAGCUGCUGGGACUUCCCUACUCAGUCUGUACUCCCGCAAGCCGUUUCGAAGGAAGACAUUUAUCGGAACGUCUGCUGGCAAGGGUAACGAGGGUGAUGAGAGUGAUCUGGUGGGGAGGGCUGGACAGGAGGAGGGAAAGCAGGCAACUGGGGAGAGGGAGGAGAGGGAGAGGAGGAGGAAGGAGAAAGAGGAGGCGAGAGCUGUGGCUUUGGCGUUUCGACAGCUGGAGAUGGGGGAAGUUGGUGAGUAUGGAGGGAUGGAAGGAAGAGGAGGAUUGGAGGGGAGAGAUGGGAGAAGAGGAGGAGGUGGUGAGAGAUCGAAUGGAUUGCCAGGAGCUGUUGGUUCUGACAGUUUUCUUCCCUCCAUAUCUCAAUUAGAGGAAGAGGAAGAGGAUGAGGAUGAGGAGGGAGAGAGUGAUGGGGAGGAAGAGGAGGAUGAGGUUAUGUGGAGUGAGCAGUGGUCGUCUGCCCCACUCUUCCCUGCAUCUGGAGGGCUGAAAAUAGCUACCAUUGCUGUCGAGGCUGGUGAAGGUUACAGGGGUGAUAGCAGAACAGGUGGUAACCAGGUUGACGUGGGGCACGGGGGGGUGGGGGAGAGAGGUAGAGGAGGACUGCUUAGAGCCUGGAGCGAGGUGUUUGAGGGAGAGAGAGGGGGGAUUGUGGGGAGCAAGGACGGGCUGAGACGAGCAGGAAGUGAAAUGCCAAGAGGGAAAGAGGAAGGCAUGGGUGAGUUUGAUGCACAGAGAGGGGGAGUUGUGAGGUUGGAGGGAAGGCAAGAGGUGCAGGGUAACAAGUUGAAGAGGAGGGAGGUUGAGAAACAGGAGCUGCUGGGUGGGGGUCCUCCCCGGUGCUGCCUGUGUCUAGAUGCACUGCAUCUGCACCAGCAGGAAAUUGUGUGUUUUUUCUGCACGCAUGCAUACCAUGUGCCAUGUUUGGAGGUAGCAUUGAAGCUGGGAGGAAGGGGGAGUGGUGGUGAAACAGGAGGGGCUAAGAUGGAAGGGAAUAAUGCACGACUUACUCAGAAGCCUAUGGACAGCACUGAGAAGGCUGGAACCAGAGGUUCAAAUAAAGGUUCGGCAGCAGAACUGAAUAGUGGCCCUGGAAGCAGCUUCUUGGAUCGAAGGCUGGAUAAGCCUAAGGUCAAAUUGGCGGAGCUGGAAGCGGAGUUACUGGAGAUCAAUGCUAACGCUGAGAAGCUUCUACGAAGCCGGAAUGAGCUGAAUGAAUUGCAGCUCGUCCUAGAAAAGAUGGAUGCUGCUGUUCACCAGAGGGAGUUUGAAGAAGCAAGCUCCGGCCGGGAAAUAACCUCUGACACUGCGUUGCUAUUGGAGCAGGAGAUGGUCUCAGAACCUGGCAAGCAGAUGCGUCUUGGAUUCGUUACAGGGCUUGUCCCAAAGGUCAAGGCUGCAACAUUUGAGAGAAUUCUGUUUCGAGCAACUCGUGGGAACAUGUACCUUAAGCAGGAGGAGCUUGACGAGCCAGUAGUGGAUCCUGCAACAGGAGAAGAGGUGGAGAAGGUUGUCUUCGUUGUGUUCUUUGCCGGUGAGCGAGCUCGCACCAAGAUCAUGAAAAUCUGUGAGGCAUUCGGUGCAAAUCGUUACCCGUUUCCAGAGGACCCACAGAAACAAAGGCAAAUGCAUUCUGAGGUGAUUGCACGGUUAUCAGAGUUGCAGACCACCAUUGAUGCAGGCAACAGACACAGAGACAGUUUGCUGAACAACAUAAGCUACCAGAUCGAAAACUGGGCAAGCCUGGUUCGGAGGGAAAAGGCUAUCUACCACAUAUUGAACCAGCUGUCCAUCGAUGUCACUCGCAAGUGCCUUUUGGCUGAGGCAUGGUGUCCCGUGUAUGCAAAGUCAGAGAUUCAAGAUGCUCUUCAUCGUGCAGUGACCAUGAGCAAGGCAGAUGUGGGUACUAUCUUUCAGACGAUUCGGUCUGGCGAGUCCCCUCCAACAUACUUCAAGACCAACAAGUUCACUGGUGCUUUCCAAGGGAUCAUCGAUGCUUACGGCAUGGCACGAUACCGGGAAGCCAACCCUGGGGUUUUCACCAUCAUCACCUUUCCGUUCCUCUUUGCUGUCAUGUUUGGUGACUGGGGUCAUGGCAUCCUGAUGCUCCUUGCAUCCCUUUGGCUUGUCAAGAACGAGAGAAAGUUGGGCUCCCAGAAACUUGGUGACAUCAUGGAGAUGGUUUAUGGAGGCCGCUACCUCAUCCUGCUUAUGUCUAUUUUCUCCAUCUACACUGGCUUCGUUUACAACGAGUUCUUCGCUGUCGCCUUCGAUUUUGCCAUAUUUGGUGGCUCGGCAUACACUUGUCGCACCCCAGACUGCGGUGAUGCAGCCUCUGCUGGUUUAGUGAAGACAGGCAACACGUACCUGUUUGGAGUGGACCCUCGGUGGAAGGGCUCUCGCACAGAGCUGCCCUUCUUGAACUCACUCAAGAUGAAGAUGAGCAUUGUGCUGGGAGUCACUCACAUGUUUCUGGGCCUUGCUCUCAGCCUCUGCAACGCCCUCUUCUUUGACCUGCCACUCAACAUUUGGUACGAGUUCAUCCCACAGGUUCUAUUCUUGGCUUCUUUGUUUGGCUAUCUCUCACUGCUGAUCAUAGUCAAGUGGAUCACAGCCUCCCAAGCUGAUCUCUACCAUGUCAUGAUCUACAUGUUCCUUAACCCCACUGAGCCACUGGGAGAGAACGAGCUCUUUUGGGGGCAAGGAACACUUCAGAUCGUUUUGCUGCUUAUUGCUCUCAUCUCGGUUCCAUGGAUGCUUUUUCCAAAACCUCUGAUUUUACGUGCUGAGCACCUAAAGAAGCGUCAGGGUCGAGCGUACGCAGCACUGAACUCAGACAAUGAACUGUAUGAGAUGGAGGCGUUGCACCCAGGGGAGGAGGGCCAAUUGCACCAUCAUCAUCAUGAGGAGGAGUUUGACUUCGGGGAGGUGAUGGUGCAUCAGAUGAUUCACACAAUUGAGUUUGUGCUGGGCGCCGUCUCCAAUACAGCCUCCUACCUGCGUCUGUGGGCUCUCAGCUUGGCGCAUGCGGAGCUUUCGGCUGUCUUCUUUGAGCGAGUGCUGCUUCCAGCAUUUGAGUCUGGAAACAUCAUCUUCAUUAUCAUUGGCUUCUUUGUUUUUGCAUCAGCAACCGUUGGUGUGCUUCUACUCAUGGAGACUCUCAGUGCCUUCCUCCACGCACUCCGUCUGCACUGGGUCGAGUUCAUGAACAAGUUCUACACUGGCGAUGGAUACAAGUUCCUACCAUUCUCGUUUGAUACAAUCACUGAUGAUGAAGAGUAG